UCUUUCAUUUAAUUUAAGAUUAUAAAGGUUGAAAAUUUAAUUUUAAUUUUAGAAUGUUUAGAAAAAAACAAAAAGCAAAAUUACAGUUUCUUUAUGUUGUAAUUGAUUGAGUUAGCCCAAUAUGAUAAGCCCAGCCCAGUUACAAAAACUAAAGUGGGUUUCAUUCUCUUCAUCCUUCCAAAGUCAUAAACUCUAAGCUGAGCUUUCGGCCUCUAUUGGCUUUCUUCAGUAUCCUCACUAACCCUAGAAAUAUUAUCAACCUCGUCCACUACUGAUCGGACUACUGAUCGGAGGGUGGGAAUUCCGUUUCAAUCAUUAGCCGGAUAAAAAACUACUUCUCUCACAACAGACACAGAUAACCUAGGCAGACAACUGCCAGAUUCUCUUACAAAUCAAGAUGAGACCACUCGAUGAAACAGAGACAACAGCAGUAUUCGAGAAGAUCUUCAAGUUCACAGGAAAUAACCUCAAGAAUAUUGUAGAGAAUCCUUCUCAUGAAGGUCCAGACUCCGAACCUGGACGCUAUUGCUUCCGCCUUAACAAGAGCAAAGUCUACUACGUCAGUGAGUCCCUUGUCAAGCGUGCCACAAAUGUUGCUCGUGUUAACCUUAUAUCUCUAGGAACCUGCAUUGGUAAGUUCACACAUGGAGGUAAUUUCCACCUCACUGUCCAGAGUCUGAGUGUUUUGGCCUCGAAUGCCAAGCACAAAGUCUGGCUUAAACCCACCUCUGAGAUGGCAUUUCUGUACGGAAACCAUGUUUUGAAAGGUGGUUUAGGGAGGAUUACAGAGAAUAUUUUGCCCGGUGAUGGAGUCGUGGUGUUCUCCAUGUCUGAUGUACCCUUGGGGUUUGGAAUUGCAGCCAAGUCCACCCAGGAUUGUAGGAAGAUGGACCCUAAUGGAAUUGUUGUGUUGCACCAAGCAGAUAUUGGGGAAUAUUUGAGGAUGGAAGAUGAUCUCUGAGUUCGAAAUUAAUGAUUUCUUAGAGUAAUUUUUGAUAAAGUCAUAUACAAAGUGUGAACAAGAAAUGUGAGAUGAGAACUUUGAUUAGAUUGAGGAUGUUCAUAUGUUCUCUGUUUCGAGUAUGUAAUUCAAGUUUUGUCAGUUUUGAUAUUCUAUAUAACAUUAUGCUAAAACAAUUUCAAGAUUUUCCUUUUAA